CUCCUCCAUAUAAAUUCUACAUGUCUGUGUCUCUUUCUCUCUACUAUUACUACUAGCUAUAUCCAUCUUCUCUUGCACAACCAAGUUCAUCACUCUCUGGUAUUCAUAGACAUCACUGUUUCAUUGUCUUUGUUUAAGGAUUCUCUAAUGUUGUCACAAAUGGACAUGGAGGAGCUUGUCUCAUGUAACAACAACGAUGCCACCAACAUAGCCAAAGGCAAGCGCACAAAGCGGCGCUUGAGGCCUUUGUCUCCUUGUGCCGUCGUUCCUACCACCACCACCAUCACCACUGUCACUGCCGCUACCACCCCCAUCAUGACAUCUAGCUGUUCAAGUGCUUCUUGUGGCGGUGGUUCUUCUUCAUCCACAACCUUUGAGGAGGAAGAGGAAGACAUGGCUAAUUGUUUGAUUCUCCUAGCACAAGGAAAAGUAGGAGGGGACCCUCCUCAUCGUCACAAGGACUUAUAUGGUAGUGAUGUUAAGACAGAGAAGCUGGGUAGCACCAAAGUCGAUCAUUUCUAUGUUUAUGAGUGCAAAACAUGCAACCGAACAUUCCCUUCUUUUCAAGCACUAGGUGGCCACAGGGCAAGUCACAAGAAGCCCAAGGUGGAGGAGAAAAAGUCGUCAUCACCACCACUGUCGUUGCCGCCGCCGCCACCACCACCACCACCGUCUUCGUCGUCACUAUUUAAUUUUGAAGAAGCAAAACAAAGUCAUCACAUGAAGAAUAUUAUUAGCCCUUCUGUUUCCCUUCAAUUAGGGUGUGGCAAUAAUAACAAGGUUGGUUUAAAUUUCCAUGGCAACAAAUCCAAGAUUCACGAGUGUUCCAUCUGUGGGUCAGAAUUCACAUCAGGGCAAGCAUUGGGUGGUCACAUGAGGAGGCAUAGAGCAUCUACCAAUAAUAACAAUAUUGUUCAGACAACAACAACAACUUCUAAUGGUGCUGUUGAUGUUAAGCCUCGGAAUGUUCUAGAGUUGGAUCUUAACCUCCCGGCGCCGGAAGACGAUCUCCGGGACUCCAAAUUUCAGUUUCCGGCGACUCAGAAUUCUAUGAUGCGGUCGGCUGCUCCGGCUUUGGUGGGAUGCCAUUAUUAGAAGCCGGGGUGGGAGUUAGAUGGAGAGGGGGGAAAAGUUAUAUUAUUUGAUCAAUGAUCAUUGUGAAUUAUUAGCUUUAUUUUAAUUUACAACAAUUAUUCUUAAUUAUCGAUUCUUUGGAUUAUUUUUUCGGUUUAUUAAUAAUUUCCCAUUUGGAUGAUCUACUUGUUCAAGUUUUGGAAUUCUCUGAGUAAGUGGUUAGUGUUCAUGGUUGCCUUUCAUUCAAGAAAAGUGAUAUUAAUUGAGUCAUAUAGAAUCUUUUUUUUUUC